UUGACAAGCCAAAGUGGUAGAUGGGGCCGAGCAUGGCGAGUGGCGGAGUGUUGAGGAGGGAGUUGUGAGUGUUGUGCCAGGAAGUCCAGGUGGUAUUCGCCGGAGCUGUGCCUUGUAUACCUUCGUGAACCAUCCGAGUAUACAGUGAUGUCUGGUAGAGGCAAAGCCAGUGGUGGCAAAAAGAAAUCACGGUCCAACCGUGCUGGCCUGCAGUUUCCAGUGGGCAGGAUACACCGACUGUUGCGCAAAGGGAAUUAUGCAGAGCGAGUUGGUGCUGGAGCAUCUGUGUACCUGGCAGCUGUGCUGGAGUACCUUGCUGCUGAAGUGUUGGAACUGGCAGGUAAUGCUGCCCGGGACAACAAGAAGAGUCGCAUAAUUCCUCGCCAUGUACAGCUUGCCAUCCGUAAUGAUGAAGAACUCAACAAACUCCUGAGUGAUGUCACAAUAGCUCAAGGAGGAGUGCUACCCAACAUUCAAGCCGUCCUCCUCCCUCAGAAGACCUCCACCCACCCCAAACAGACUAGUCAGUCCCAGGAAUACUGAACAUCAUGGAUGAUGGUUGCACCACACCUUCACUCUGGACCUCAUUGAUGGUCACCAAAGAUUUUGUGCCUGUUUGACUUUUUGAAAUGUUACAAGUCUUUUUGAAAAUUACUGUGUGUAUCCAAAGUUGAUGAGUGUUUAUUUCAUUAUUUUGAUCACAGUUAUUUUACUGCAUCAGUAAUUGUGAUAUAUAGUGUUAGUUGUGAUUACUGAUAAAAGUGACUGUAAAAUCUUGUGGAUUUUAUUAUGUCAGUCAUCUUAUAUUAAUAUGGAUUUUUUAUUUUAAUCUGCGGGUUUUGUCAAUUAUGUUAUAUUGUUAUGAUUAUUUUUAUUCUUUACUGUGGGAAAGAUUGAGUGAGGAUUAUUAGGUCACUCACAUCUUACAUUGUAUUUUUAAUUUCAAUAACUAAGUUAAGUUUCAUAUCCAUUGUUAUUGUGAGCACUUUUGCUGAUCAGAUACAUAUAGAAAUUUGUCAAGUUUUGGAUCUGUGUAUUUUAAGGUAUGAUUAACUAAGGAUGAUAAAAGAAGAAAAUCAUUCCACAUAGGUUCUAGUUUAUAUGUAAAGAAAUUAAUAAAGAAGAAAGCCAAGUUCUUGUGAUGUACGUACUCAUUGUUAAGGUAAAUUGAUAUAUUUUUGGGGGAAGUCCUGGAUGAAGAAAAAGGAAUUGAGACAGGGAGUGCCUUGUAUUAGUGUAAAAUUGUUGAAAUAAUAAAUGUGCCCCUAAUGACGGAUAAAUACAAGUGUAACACAUGAA